GGCGAAACAGUUUCCAAAGCUCUUUUUUUAUGUUUUGUCACAAAGAGCACCCGCUGCGCUCCGCGACAACAGGAUCAUCCUGGGACGGCAAACAUAUAUCAGAGCGUAGGCCGCCGAUUGUCUGUCUCAGCUGAUCGAUCUAUCCGUUCCUCUUUUUCCCAUUGAUAAAAACAAAAUAUCUCUAUCCCGAGAUCGUGGAACCGACCCUUCCCCCCUUCGGCUUGACCGCACCUUAUCCCGCACAAUCCAGUCCACCAUUCUCUACAACACCACCACGGGGAGCUCUUGCAAUGAUCCAACCCUUAUCUCAAUUACCAUGAAGCUUACAGCACCUUCGCAGCUCUCUGUGAGGGUGUCGUCGCCGCUGUCCACAACUCUGACACCUCGUCCCAUGCGCACUGGCAUUAACUGCCGCCAACCGCAAUGUCAACUCCAGAUCAAGCGGUCCCCGAUACCCAGCUGGGACUGACCAAUGAAGAGAUCUCCCUGCUGCGGCAUCACCAGCAAGCUGCCGCCUCCACUGCUGGUGGCUCCUCCUCUCGCGCAGCGUCCCGCGCUUCCUCCCAAGGUCUGCUCCUCCUGGACAGCCAUUCCCUCGCACAAUUAAGCCGGCACUUUGAUCGCUUGUUACAACAGAUAUCUGCACGACUGGAAUACCUCUCCGAACAAUCCCAGAUGGUGGCACAGCAGCAGUACGACAGGGCAGGCAAUGCGAUCCAGAUCGCGGAUUCCGAGAUUGCCCGAUUUCACGACAUAUUGAGGCAAAUUGAUGAGCUAGAGGUGGACUUCGACCGGAUAAGACAUAUAAGAGACAUUGUGAGGGGUUAUAGGCAGAGGAUUGAGGAGAUGGAUCAGGAGUUGGAGCGCAGCGGCUCUAGUAGCCGUCACAGACAUUCGUCACAUCAUUCUUCGUCGCAUCGCCAUCAUGGACAAAGCUCUGGAAGCUCCAGGAGACAUGGACACCACCAUUGAGGUGGAAAUCAAGGAGGAAAGGAGGGAUAUAAAAUUGGUGGGUUAUACGAUGUGGUCUCACGGCCGACUGAGACAGGACGAAGGAAGGUCCAUGGGGGCAAUCCCUGGACCCUUCGGAUGCGGAUAUGCAAGAGAAACGAGGCCUCACGGCUGGAAGAGGGAAUAGCCUCGCGGCUCACUUACUUGGCGUUGUUAUCUGGUUUGGACUUUUCCCUUUGUAGCGUCAAUACCCAAAAAGCGUCUAGGAAUCUCUGAAAGAUGGCACUUGUAAGAUUCGGACUUGAGGAGGACAGGUGAUGAAGGAGCUCUUUAUAUAUAAUUCCCUUUUCAACGGCUUAAUUGAUAUCUUCCGACUAUUAGAGCUUUCCUGCACUGCGGAUUGAUAUUCCCAGAGUGCCUCUGCAUGUUCAAUUCCUUGAUUUCUGGUAUCUGC